GGUUGCUAAGGCGCGGGCGCGGCGCUGUGACGCAGGUCGCGGGGGGAUGACGUGAGCGCGGGUCGUGCUUCCGGGUGCGGCGCUGCGGAGCCGGGGCCGGUGACCCCUGACCCCAGGCCCGGGCCCGCCAUGGGGCAGGCGCUGUGCCCGUGCCCGCGCGGCACCGUCAGCCUGGCGGGGGCGCGCUACGUGGUGCUGCAGCGCCUGGGCGAGGGGGGGUCGAGCUACGUGGAGCUGGUGGAGGGGCUGCGGGACGGGCGGGCGCACGCGCUGAAGCGCAUCGUGUGCCACGACGCGGAGGCGAGCGGGGCGGCGCUGCGCGAGGUGGAGAUGCACCGGCUGCUCGCCCACCCCCACGUGCUGCGCCUCGAGGCCCACGGCCUGGUGGACAAGGGCGCCACGCGCGAGGCCUGGCUGCUGCUGCCCUUCUUCGAGCGCGGGACGCUGUGGAGCGAGGUGGAGGCGCUGCGGGACAAAGGCGCCUUCAUGGGCGAGGAGCGGAUCGUGCUGGUGCUGCGCGGGAUCUGCCGCGGGCUGGAGGCCAUCCACGCCAAGGGCUACGCCCACCGGGACCUCAAACCCACCAACGUGCUGCUGGGGGACGACGACCAGCCCGUGCUGAUGGACCUGGGCUCCGUGAACCAGGCCCGCAUCGAGGUCCGCAGCUCCCGCGAGGCCAUGGCUGUGCAGGACUGGGCGGCGCAGCACUGCACCAUCUCGUACCGGGCGCCCGAGCUCUUCACCGUGGACAGUCAGUGCGUCAUCGACGAGCGGACGGACGUCUGGGUACUCGCCCGCCCUGGAGCAGCUGCUGCGCUCCAUGAUGGCGGUGAACCCCCAGGAGCGGCCGUACGUCGCCCACAUCCUGGACCAGCUGGAGGGGCUGCAGCCAGCACCGCCGGGCCAGGACACCACCCGCAUCUGAGCCCUGCAGCCCUGCCUCCCCCCCCCCCGGGGUGGGUUUCGAAACACGGUGUUAGCACAGCCAUGCCCCCUGCUCCCAUUGGGCGAGCACAGCUGCUCGCCGUGGAGGCCGCAGGCUCACAGCCUCCCCUGGGAGGGCCUGGCUGCCCCGAGCUUGCUUGUGCGGGGCUGGGGGCAGUGCCCACGGCGCAGCCUCAAGGGGCCCUUGCCCAGCUAUAGUGGUCUCAUGCACGGAGCGGGGUGGGAGCGAGGCAGCGAUGGGCUCGGUGUCACCGGUGCCGGCUGGGCAGAGCCCAACCUCACUGGGCACCAAGCGGUCACAUUCCUGCUGGCGCAGGCGCAUGGCCCAGCCCGCCGGAUGCUGCCUGGAGCUUGUGUCUAUUCACGUGUCCAUCCAGUAAAGCUUCUUUACAGAAAAAA